AUGGCUUUGAACACAGGGGAAGACGGAGAUCAUUUUCGAUCCAAGCCGAUAACAGUUUCAUCAACCUCCUCAAUGGAGACAGUUACGUCCUUCAACAAUGAUAGAGCAAGCAUGAUUGGGACCCAAAUUGUGUCCAACGACCCAUCGCUAAUAAGAACCACACCACCAGCGGCGCACUCCAUACAGUAUACUUCUCAAAAACCUUCGGCACAAUCGGCAGAGACCGCGGCAGCUUUCCCGAGCUCCAUUUCACUUGUUCGCAACCCGCUACGGUCACCAUCUACCGGAGUCGUAAUCCCUUCGGUCGCCAGUCCCAAUGCCGUUCCGGAGUUCCUCUAUCAACUGACAAAGAUGCUAACAGACAACAACCGAGAUAUCAUUGAGUGGUCCAAUGGAAAAAUUGAAGUCCACAACCCACACAAGCUUCAAUCCCAUGUUCUGAAUCGAUACUUUCGACACUCCAAGUUUGCUUCGUUUCAGCGGCAAUUGAACUACUUUGGUUUCCGAAAACUAGCCGGAAAAGGCAAGAUGGCGCCGUGCUCGUAUGUCAAUGACGCCACGACCAACGAGCUUCGGUCUCUUUUACACAUCAAGAGAAAAACAGGGAACGAACCUAAGUCGAAAAGUGCUGAAAAGAAAGGGGCUAACCGCAUUGUCGCAAAGUCAAUACCCGGAGGGACCCGAGCUGCCAUAUCACCCUUUCACACCGGGGAUAGCACAGCAUCGCAACCUUCCACUGCAAGCGCUCCGCAGCAUACCCAGCAAGCAAUAGCACGUGUGGCAGUUGGAAGGGGAAUUCGCCACGGCUUCUCACUGCCAGGAGGACAACCAAAGGAGAGUAGACCUCUUCCAGCAACUGUUUCUUCUACAUCUGCCUUGGCACCCAGUCCUGUCGAGUCUAACUUGACUGCCCUCCAGACCAACUUUCAGACUUCCUUGCAACAAGACAUAAAUUCCACAAAUCCACCAACUUCUCACCCUGUAACAAUUUCCUCAACACCAUCCGGUGGUCUCGCCUAUGUCCCUGGCUCCCUACGUAGGGACGACUCCCUAGUGGAUUUGGCUAUGAUACCUAUGGGAGAAUCUUCUUUGACCAACGAUCAGGGUGGCGCCAUGCCAUUCAUUGAUUUCCCUUGGGACACGAGUAUGUUUCAAGAUGAGGAACCUCUUACAUAG